AUGUCGGCAGUCAAGCGCAAGACUAGCUCGUCGGCGACCGAGUCCGAAGCCAAGAAGAUGAAGGCCAAUGGCAGCAUCACGUCGUUCUUUGGCGCGCCGAAGCCGAAGCCUGUCGACGCCUCUGCUCCAGCACCCGCAGUCAAGUUCGACAAGCAGAAGUGGGUCGACAGCCUCACCUCAGAGCAAAAGGAGCUCCUGAAGCUGGAGAUCGAGACGCUCGACCACAGCUGGCUGGCGCAUCUGAAAGAUGAUAUCGUUACCAAGGAGUUUCUGGAGCUCAAGAAGUUCCUUGACAGAGAGACGGCCGCCGGCAAGAAGUGGUUCCCACCCAAGGAAGACAUCUACUCUUGGUCCCGGCAUACGCCGUUCAAUAACGUCAAGGUCGUCAUCGUCGGCCAGGACCCCUACCACAACGUGAACCAAGCCCAUGGCAUGGCCUUUUCCGUGCGCCCGCCCACGCCUGCGCCGCCGUCGCUCAAGAACAUGUAUAAAGCGUUGAAGAAGGACUACCCUUCCUUUGUGCCGCCGCCGAACAAUGGUGGCCUGCUCAUUCCAUGGGCCGACCGCGGCGUGCUUAUGCUCAAUACCUGCCUUACGGUUCGCGCACACGAAGCCAACUCGCACUCCAACCGAGGUUGGGAGCGCUUCACCCAAAGGGUCAUUGACCUUGUUGCGCAGAAGCGGACACGAGGUGUCGUGUUCAUGGCUUGGGGCACUCCGGCUGGAAAGCGAGUGCAGAAAGUGGAUAAGAGUCGCCACCUUAUCCUACAGAGCGUCCAUCCCAGCCCCUUGAGUGCGUCUCGCGGCUUCUUCGACUGCGGACACUUCAAAGCUGCAAACGAGUGGCUUAUUAAGAGGUACGGCGAUGACGGUGAGAUUGACUGGGCGUUGACUCCGAGCACGUCCACCAAGAAGGCUGUGCCACUGGCAACAGUGGACGAGCCAAACCCAAAGACAAACGGAGCAUCCUCGCCUGUGGUAGUGCCGAAAGACGAGCCAAAGGAUGAGCCGAAGGUCACAUUGAAGAAGGACGAGCCGAAGGCCACGCUGAAGGCCGAUGACGACUUUGGCUCUGACGAUGAGGCGGCCCUUGAGGAAGCCCUCAAGCAGGCCGAGGAGGACGCGCAGAAGUAA